GUUGUUGGCUCUACUCGACUUGGUCUGAGGACUGUCUGAGGAUCUACUUAGUGCACUGGACAUGGACGAUAACACUCGUUCCUCCCCCCUCUCUCAGCCCGGCUUCGACGACUAUAAUACUCAGCUCCAGGCAGCGGCUCUCAAGGCCACACGUCUGUCCGCAGCUCUUCCUUCCGACCUAGCUUUCUACCGCUCUGUAGACAAAGCCCUCGCCAGAGACGUUGACUCAUGCAAAAGCAAAGUUCUCUCCCUCACGAACAAACUUUUACAAUUGGCUUCAAGUGGUACUGGCUCCGAUGGUCGCGCACGCAAAAGACCUCGUCUGGAGAACGAGGAUGACGUCGUGGAUGACUUCCACGGUACUAUCGUAGACCUUAUGGACCAGAUGCUGGAACGAACGGACAUGCGUCUGGAUGACUUGCUUGGCGUUUCCAAAGUAUCCGCCACCGUUGUGCAAUCCAAGCAAGAAGUGAAAGUGAAAAAGAACAGGGUCCCGCAGGGGCGCCUGGACCCUGCAUUGCAACACGCUUCCCGAUUGCCUAAACCUCAGCUUUCAUUCACUCGCCGAGUAGACAACAAGAAUUCCGCAUCUUGGCAAUCUACUCUACGACACAAGUACAAUGCUCAAGUGCCGUUAGGGUACAACUGGCAGAGUGAGCAUGGUGACCCAUCUUUGGCCAAUUUGCUCCAUCCCUACCACUACGAAAUCAGACACAUCGACUACCCACAACGUAUGUUCCAGUCGAUAGAACCAAUCUCCCCCAAAUCUUUCGAAGACACCCCCUUCGUGUGGGUGGAUACGCCGGCUGUAUUUUCGACUAUGCUGGACAGCCUCAGAGGCGCGCAGGAACUUGCUAUUGACUUGGAGUAUCACAGCUAUCGGACAUUCGCAGGAUUCGUUUGUCUGAUGCAAAUUAGUACCCGAGGUGGUGAUUGGAUUGUCGACACACUAGCACUGCGAGAAGAGCUCGAGGAUCUUAAUGAGGUGUUCACCGAUCCGAACGUCGUGAAGGUCUUUCAUGGUGCUGAGAGUGACAUUGUUUGGCUUCAACAAGACUUCAACCUGUACAUCGUGAAUCUUUUCGACACCUAUCAUGCAUCAAAGGUGCUAGAAUUCCCAAGACACGGUUUGGCUACCCUUUUAGAAAUGUAUUGUGACUUUACCCCGGACAAGCGCUUCCAGUUGGCUGAUUGGAGAAUACGGCCCCUACCGCAAGAGAUGCUCGACUACGCACGCUCCGACACCCACUAUCUUCUCUUCAUCUAUGACAAUUUACGCAAUGCUCUAUUAGACCGAUCCCUGUCGCGUUCUCAAUCCAGAAUACAGAGUCCGGCCGGCCAAGACGUCAUGCAGGAUGACGGCGCAAGCCCUCGUCCUCCAGACUUCCUCCUCCGCGAGGUGCUUUCUCGUUCAGAGGAAACAGCUCUCCGUAUCUAUGAAAAAGAAGUCUAUGAUGCAGAAACCGGAUCAGGACCUGGUGGCUGGGAUACGCUUGCAAAGAAGUGGAACAAAGGCCCUAUGUUGAGCGGGCAAGAUGGUACCCCGCGUAUGGAGAUUUACAAACGGAUGCAUGCCUGGAGAGAUCGAGUCGCUCGAGAAGAAGACGAGAGUACUCGAUACGUGCUACCCAAUCACUACUUGUUCUUGCUUGCGGAGCGUCCGCCAAAUGACCUGGCUUCACUACUCGCCAUGUUCUCAUCUGUACCUCUCGUCAUUCGAAGAAGGGCCAAGGAGCUCAUGGAUGAGAUCCGGGCAUCGACUCAAGUGCUAGUCGAUACCUUAAUGGACGUUGCUACGGAACCAGUACCUACUCUUGCUACAACACCCAGUGCUGCAGAUGCGGUUACAGACACGACUGUCCUGUUCCAGUCGACGUCGGUUGCCACGUCUACUUCACGGGUUUCUUCACUCUUUGGCGAUUCGUUGGUAACAAGUCAAGUAUCGAGCACUGUGAGCGGAUAUGCGACCGAUCGCAGUGCUCUGUUUGCUCGGAGCUCCCAUAGUGGCAAGUCACGUCAGCUCUCAUCCUCGUCGCGCUUCCAAGACAUCCUCGUUCGAAUACACAAGGACCUAGUCAUAGCGCCAACAGCUCCUGUCGCUGCAAUAGACGCUGCCUCAUCGAGACCAGCUACACAUGCUAGUACAGACAUCAAGGUGACUGUUGUUGAAGAGCAAGAAAAUAUCUCAGGGCAGGCAGAGGUCGCAUUCGUUCCUACUGCUCUGAGGAAGAAAGAGCCCUCCGCAGCGCCGGAUGAAAUCAUCACAGUUGGGCAAGCACAAAGGAAACGAAAACGAAAACAGGUCACGAGGAAGGUUGUGGCAGUCUCGUCAGACGCAUCCCGCGCUACAUCACAAGAUGUUAAUGUAGAGGAGUCUGAGGACACCAUCAACAUCCUGGAUGCCGGAUCUGAUCAUGAGCAUGACAUCGAUGUUCGAAAAAAAAAGUUCAAGCCUCCAAGUGCGUUUUUAUUCUAUCGUUGUAGGAACCAAUUGCUUAUGAGCCUUCUUAUACCAGCGAACUUCCAUGGCGGAUUCCGCGCCCCACCGAAGAGUCAGAGCUCUCUCAGAUCAGGGAACCAGUCUCGUACAUUCAGAUGAUACACUAUGUCUACUGUAUACUCCCGAUGUAGUAGCACAUUUGUUGUCUUCGGAUAUCACUCAGCCUUAUAGGCAAGAAAAUAUGCUUGGCUCUGUCCAGACUACAC